AUAAAUUAAGAUAAGAUAGAUGACAUUUUCGUUAAUAUGGUAUAUUGAUUGCCGUCUUAUAAAACUAAGAACCUUCAAAUAUCACAUCCGGUUCUUAUCGGGUAGUUUUUUCUGAGUUGUAUUCACUUCCGUUUAUAUUCAGCACCGCUCGAAAGAUGGCUCCGACCACGGCAGAUAUGAUUGCAGGUUUAAAAACCUGUUUAGUUCCACACUGCAUCGGAAAUAUUGUACUGGCACUUUCCUACUUAGUUAUGAAGACAUUUCCUCCAAUAUGUUCCCGACUAUUUGAAGAUUGUAGCCUGGAAUUGAAAGAAUGGGAGUGGAUUACUUUCCUUGGCUGUAUAAUUGUAGUGAAGAAUAGAAAACAAGCAACCAUCGGUGCCUAUAUCAAUACAACAUGCUUGUUUGCCAAAGUCUUGUGUGGCUUCAUGUUCUUUAGAGCCAAUUCUUUGUAUGGCAUCUUGUUUGGGGUAGCCUGUUUAUUUCACUUUGUGUUCAUGCCAGAGCGUAUGUACACUGGACCAGAGAUGAUAACCUACUUCAGGGGACCUAACCUAGACGAGGAAAUCAAGCGAGACAGGAGAGUGACAUGGUUGGUCACAUUUUACGUGGCCUGGUCUCCUCCCUGUGUAUCAUUUGCCAAUAUUUUCUCAGAACUCUCUGCAGAAUACAGCUUGGAAAAUUUAAAAUUUGGAAAAAUAGAUAUUGCAAAGUACCCAGAGGUAGCAGAAAAAUAUAGGAUCAGUGCCAGCCCCAUGUCGAGACAGCUGCCAACCAUUGUAAUGUUGGAGGGUGGUGAAGAGACGAUGAGAAAACCAUAUAUAUCCCCAAAAGGCACAGUGGUCCGAUACAUUUUUAACAAGGAAAACAUCAUAAAAGAUUUUGAAUUGAACAUCGCAUAUGAUAAAUGUAAAAAGAAUCCACUGAAGCCAAGAAAGUCAGAAAAGGAGAAGGCAGAGUAAGCUGUGUGAUGGGGUCUACACUCUGGUGUGAAGAUCUGCUACAUAAAAGUGAAUCAGAGAUGUGAUCAUGUAACAAAAUUGAUGGAAGACUGACACUUAGUGGGGCAAUUUAAGUACAACCAAUACAAAAAUCGGAUAAAAAGUUUUAAGAUAUAAUUACAAAGUUGUGAACUAAAAUGUCACAAAUGUUUAAACUUCUACUGUUAUAAUUUACCAUCCUAAGAGUAGACAGGAUUAUGUAGACAAGAUUAACUACAUGUAGACAAGAUUAA